AUGGAUGCUCUACUUGAUCAUUAUUGGCCUUUUAACCUCGUCAUUGUAAGCCUCGUGGCUGCAGGAGUGCUUACAAUUGCGAUUCUAUCAUAUCUACGCUACCUCUAUUUUGAUUUCCCCAGUAUUCAAGGUAUUCCAGAAAUCCCUGGGGGUGAACUCCUGGCAGGCCAUCUGUACCAGUUGGGAAACGACCAUGCUACCACCGCAGAACGCUGGUCACUGAAGUUUGGCUGGCCCGUCUUUCAGAUCCGAAUGGGACACCGACGAGCGGUGGUGAUAAAUUCGUUCAAUGCCGCCCGGGACUGGAUGAUCAAAAACCAGUCCGCGACUUUGGACCGCCCAUCGUUCUACACCUUCCAUAAGGUAGUCUCUGCAACCUCGGCUGCCACGAUCGGAACAAGCCCUUGGGAUGAGCGGACGAAAAAGCAGCGACGAGUUGUCGGCUCCCUGACUACCGGCCCGGCUAUCCAGAAGUUACGACCCAUGUUAGAUCUAGAGACGUUUUCGAUGGUAUCAGGAAUCUAUAAUGACAGUCAAAACGGGCGCAUUGGUAUUGUUCCGCAUAUCUACCAGAAGCGCCUUGCGCUGAAUAUUAUGAUGAUGUUCUGCUACGGGACACGAUUCGAAUCUAUUACCGAUCCUCUGCUGCUCCAGAUCCUUGAAGACGCUAGCACUAUCGCAAGUUUCCGUUCUACCAACUCGAACCCACAAGACUUCAUUCCUUACUUAAGAUAUUGGAAGAAGGAAGGAAGGACUGCCACAGCUCUGGAGGUCCGUGAACGUCGGGAUAAAUGGUUGGCCACAAUGUUGGAUGGCGCUCGCGAAAGUAUCCGCCUGCGAACUGGAGAUAGGAAAUGUGUGGCCAAACUGUUGUUGACAGAUGAGCAGGAAGGCCUGACAAAACUCGAUGUCAAGACAAUACUCGGUGGCCUCAUGUCAGGAGGCUUCGAGACCGUGUUCUCGACCGCUAUUAUUGCAAUCGGUGUCUUAUCAACCCCAGAGGGGCAGUUAAUACAAGAGAGGGCCUACGCAGAUAUCUUGAAUUUCUACAACUCACCAGAAGAUGCAUUCGAACUUUGUGUAUCUGAAGAGAAGUGUGCUUAUGUCUCUUCUAUUGUCAAGGAAACGCUGAGGUUUUACCCGCCACUCAAACUUCUUCCGGCGCGGCAAUCCUUUAAAGAAUUUAUGUACCAGGAAGCUGUAAUUCCAGAAGGUGUUCUCAUCUACUUGAACGCGCAAGCUGCGAAUCGAGACAAGACAGUAUAUGGCCCGGAUGCGGAUGAAUUUCGGCCAGAUCGCUGGCUAAAGGCAGAGCAUGAUAUUCCCCCGCCUUAUCACUUUGCCUUUGGUGCAGGCUCGCGCAUGUGUACGGCGGUAAAUUUUUCAAACAGAGUCCUAUAUGCGACCAUCCUUCGUCUCAUUGUCUCAUUCAGAAUGGUGGAAGAGGAAGAAUGUCCGCCGAAUACCCACUAUGUGCACUAUAAGCGCGAUCCGACGGCGUCGAACGCCAUCGCGUCGGAUUUCAAGGUGCGGUUCAUACCAAGGGACGAGAAUGCAUUGCAGCGGAUGUUUGAGCGAUCGCAAGAGCUGUGUGCAGCUACUAUAGCGGAGACCGCUGGGACGGUUAUGGGCAACCCAUGA